CUGGAGACCUCGCUGAGGCAGCGGAGGGGAAGGGGAAGGCCCUGGUGAGAUGGAGGGGAAGGUGCCGAGAGGAGGAAAGGAGGGAGCAGGCUCGGGGGCAGUGGCACGGGGCCAUGCUGGAGCUCCUGCAGCAGCCAUCGGGCAAGAGGGCAGCAAGGGCAGGCGGCGGGGGGCCAGGGGCUGCCCACAGGCCCCAGGUGCGAAGCCACCGCCGCCACCAAGCCAGAGCACUGCUGCCAUGCGGGCAGGUAAACACCAUCACAAACCCCGAAAGCAGAAGGCUCGCUCCGCUGCACCGCCUGAAAUCGUAAGUCAUGGGAGGAACCCUGACUCAGCCCAAAACUACGCCAAAGGGAUUCAGAUGGAGGCAGAAGUAAACAAAGUUUUAGCAUCAACUUCCACCGUUCUGGACUCCGGUCAAACAGAUCUAGGUCUUUCUGCUCAGCUUAACGAAAGCCUUCGAUGGGAUGGGAUUCUUGAGGACCCUGUGGCAGAGGAAGAAAGGCUGCGAAUCUACAAGGUGAACAGGAGGAAACGGUACAGGUUGUAUAUCCAGCAACAUUUGCCUCCUGAGCCAUGCCCGACUGUCGGGCAUUCCCCAUUACUUCACGUCAGGGCUUCGUGCACAAGCAGCGAUCAGACAGAAUGCGAAGAUUGCUGCAGUUAUUUUCCAGGGGAGCAAAUGUGAGCUUGUCCUGAAUAGCGAACAACCCAACAGUCUCCAGGCUGCAAUCAGAGCCGUCAAGAAAAUCUCUCAACAAGCUCUGUAGUUCGGCGUUGAUUGCUCGCUGUUUUGUGUCUGCGUGGAGAACAGAACAUUUGCAUUUUAAAAACAAACAAAGCAACCUGCUUGCUAAAAUACAGAUGCAACUUAGGCUACUCCAACAAUUCAAAAGUGCUUCUGUCUGCCUAUUUGUCUUGCAGGAUCACUAGUCAAUGCUACUUGUUUAUGUCAAAGUAAUGCUCAUUGCCUGACACCUGAGCUUUUCAGGUAUUCAGACACAUUGUGAAAUUAACAAGCAUAGUCCUUGUGGCAGGCGCGGAAAUUGCGCAUGAGCAGCUGAAAUGAUGUUAUCUUGUUUGAAGGCUGAAAUCAUCUGCAGGUACACAAACUUACUGAGUAUUUG